AAUCUACCAUAUUUUUUUUUAUUAUUUAAAAAAUGUAGAAUAUUAACAGCAAAGGACAGCAAAAAUAACGUUACAUUUAAAACGGUUGUUUAGGAAUACUUGCUACAGAACAAAGACACACUUGCACCUUACUUAAAACAAUUUAAAUGGAUAAGUUGCAAUAAAAAUAUCAAAAGAGUAAAUGUUAGUAGGUUUUAAGCAUAAGAAAUAACGGUUAAUAUCGAUAGGACUAAUUGAGAUCGUCUAAUUAAUUAUGAGAAUACGUUGUCAGGUUAAAAAUGGCCAAGAAAAGAUUUUAUUGAAAAAAAAUUAACCUGUAUUUCUUGCCAACAAUUAAAUGCAAUUACUAUAUAACGAUAAUAUCAUUUCAAUUUCAGCAAUGACAUACUUGUAUUUUACGACGCAUCAUAUUAAGGAUGGCAAAUUUAGUUUGUUAAGAAUCCACAGAGGCCACGGGAAAGAGAUCCGUCCCGAGGACAUAGAUGAAGUAGAAUUUCUAAGCCCAUUUGACAAAGAAAUUAAAAGAGCAAUGAUGCAUUCUAUCAACAGCCCAACUGGACUUCUUAAAGUUGCUUUGCCAUGCGCGAUAACAAUGGCUUGCUGUCCCCUAUUUCUUUCCCUUCAACCAUGGCUGAUUUAUGUCCUGUGGACAGAUCUUGGCGUGGAUGUGAAAUCGCUGAAUGUCAAUGAUGCUAUCCGAAGUUUCCUCACUCCGUCCGGACUGGUAUAUGCCAUCAUGUUUGGAUUUGUAUUCCAAAGUGUUGCCUUGAAGCAGGGAGAGGUCAGAAAACGCUUCUUGUAUCAAAUCGGCUUACUUGGAGAGCUUACUGCUAUGACGUCCAAGGUGCACAUGUCUCCUGACGACAAGAUGGAAGUGUACCGUUCUGUCAAAGAUGAAUGUAUCCAGAUGACCUUUCAGAUUCUCAAUAGGCCAUUGAGUCAGUUUCAUCACGAGCCCACAAUACACACAAAAGAAAGUCUCUACGGCAUUCUGGAUCGGCUGCGAAAGGUGGACGUAAAUGACAUAUCAGCCAAAGUGGAUGUCGUAUUGAUGAACAAAGCCAUCACCAUAGUAGUUGACUUGAUCGGGGUAGAUUAUGAUAAACUUGCUGGAUUUCGAACCAGGCUGCAUCCUUUACAGUGGAUCAUCUUAGAGAGUCUUGGACUCUGCGCCUAUCUGGGGAUUUUAAUGGUGGACGGCAAAUCCUACCGCUUUGAGCUAGUCAUCGCCAUGAUCACAGUGUUCUCCAUCGCUAUGUUGUGUUAUAUUGUGUCGGACCUUGAUCAACCAUUUGCCGGGUUUUUCAAAAUCGACAUGCUUCCUCUGUUCAACGUAAUUAACCGCUCCGAGACAGCACAUAAAAUAGCAUUCUACGAGGCAGCCAAGAAGGCAGAUAUACCAGUGGAAACGUGCGCGGCAGAAGGAACGAACAUGCAAGUUUUAGAUGAAAAAUAAAUCUUGCCAAUGCACUAACAGAACAGACAGUUGGUGUUUCUAAUUAGGAAGAUGGGCGUAAGAAUGCUCAAGUCACUUCCUGCAAUAUUGGAUGGUUCUGGUAUUAACGGAAAACAACUUGGCAUUACUGAAAUUGCAUGAAGUUAAUAACAUUCAUUUAUCAUUGACAACUGCGUACUAAGACCAUUGUAUGAUCAAGUGCUAGUCUUCAGGAAACAUCUGCUUAUACCCCGUGAUGCGCCUAUUCACUGCACCUGCAGUUCUAUGCAGUUAUUACCCUUUAAUAUAAUUUGAUUUUUUGAUAAUUGUGUCGAGUUAAAACCGUUCACGGAUAUCCAAACAUGUAACACUGGUUUUUUAUAAGUUUGUUGUUGUUUAUCAAAUGUCUACCUUGUUAAGCAUAUUUCAACAGAAGAUAACUGGUAUUACCUUCCAUUUAAUUAUACACUGGCAUUAACCAUACUUUUACAACUGCAUGUUUGCUAUUGUUUAUGCACACCAUCACUAACUUCAUCUUGCUAUACUUUACUAGACCGUAAAGAAAUUUAGUACAGAGCAUUUAUUUAAUUUUCUCAGCAAUUUUCAGUGGCGGUGGAAGGAACAAGAGAGAUAGAAACAGAGGGAAAAGGACAUACUGGGGUUAAGAAUCUUGCAGUAUCAUGCACUUCAAAAUGUUCUAAAUGAACCCUUUUCCAUGGUCUGUGUGAUUACAAUCCCUUCCCGUCAGCAUAAUCAGUAUAGGGACAACAGAAAGGGGUAUUUCAACCCGAAUUUUUCUUGAUGUCAAAAUUCCUUUAAUUGUAUUCCAACAAUGUACUAGGCAGGCCUUACGCACUCAGACUAUGUAGGGAAUCAUUCAGCAAUUUAAUUCAGACAAUUAUUCUCAAAGAUACGCCCAAAAGAUUUUUGAUUGGAAAAUACAAAAUGGUUCAGAUGAAUAUAUAACAACUCGUGUAAUCAUAAUUUAUUAUGUUUUGACAGAGUCUCUUACUUAUGAUAUGAUACUUCUAACCAUGUAACCCUUAAGCUUCUAGCAAAAGAUCCAUAAACCAUACAUAAUACAUUCCUUCUAGAACAAUAGUUUGGUAUAUGACAUGGCAAGACAGUGAAUAUUUGUAACAAAUAUACCUUGUUAUAAAAAUUGUGUAAUCUCACAGUCUAAAACUAAAAUGCCACUGAAUGCUUUGUCAUGUUGACUAGUUGCUGGGGAUAGAUUUGGCUGUUUUGCUCUCUCAAAUACCUAUCAUCUGUAUAAAUUGUUAUCCAAGCUAUCACAGUACUGUUUACAUUUUGGACAAUAUUGUGAAGAUUUGUGCAGUUCAUGAGAAAUCCUUAAGAUGCUGAUGAUAAAAUGUAGCAAGUGCAAGUGGUAGGCUCAGUACUAUGACAAGCUGAAUUUUUUCCCAGUGGGCUUUUUCCUCUUUUUCGGAUUUUUAUUCACUUUACUUUUUUUAGAUCUCCCUUCUUUAUCUUGAUCCUAAAAAGCAAGAAAUUAAAUUAUGUGUUUAAUGUAUACAGCAAUAAUGGACAUGCAGAGAUAAAGAGACCCCAAAGAAUAGCACUUAUGUAUCACUUAUGUAUGUGUUCAGAAGUUAUAG